AUGAGUGAUUGUAUCGAGGAAGAGGAGGGCAGAGCAGAGUCUGUCAUGUCCGACUGUCUGUCUAUGAAGAGUGACCGGUCUAAAGAUCUUCGUGUAUUCUUCAGUGAAGAACCAGGACCCUCAGAUUCACAGUAAGAGAAACACUUUUCACCCUCCAAACUCUCAAACAACAACAGCUGAUGUUUCAAAAUCUGAACUUUAAAUCCUGACCCCUCUGUUUUCUCCUCUGUUCUGAAAACGCUGAUUUUCCUCUUUAACCUCCAACCUGAAUAAAGGUCUGGUAAAGAAAAAGUCACUGAGCUCAGAUUUACUUAUUAUUCCUGAUGUUGAUAAAAAUGAAGGUGGUAUAAAACAGCAUUAGAAAAGGAUCCUGACCUCUGUAUUUUCUGAUUUGGUUCCUGUGUUUGGGACGUUUUGAGCCUGUUAGUCUUUGGACUGUGGUGUAUAGACCCCAGAAAACAGUCUGUGGGUCAGAAAAUACCAGAAGACCAAAGAAGAAAUAAAUCCUGAGAAAUAAAAACUCAUUCAGAGCAUCUGUCUGUUAUUAGACCUUUAGAUCUGAUUGUUAAAAAAUGUUUGAAACUGUCAGAGAAAAUCUCUCGACCUUCAAAAAUCACAGUUGAGUUUUUUCUCCUGUCUCCACACUUUGAGGCAGCAGCAGCUGAAUAUUUUACUGUUUUAUGUUCGAGAAAAGAGAAACUCUGGUUUAAUAAAUGUUUCUUAUUCUGAAUCUUCAAACAUGAAAUAAUAAAGAAAAUAAAUGUUCUUUAUUUCCACAGAGAGACACAGAGAUGUGACUCUGUGGAGGAGCAGCUGUCCAGAUGUUCUUUAUGUCAGGACGUCCUGAAGGAUCCAGUCUCUACCCUCUGUGGACACCGGUUCUGCAGACAGUGCCUCGCCUCAUUCAGGGACCAGUCGACUUCUUCAGGACACACCUCCUGUCCCCAGUGUGGAAAAAGAACCAGAACAGUUCUUGUCUCUCAGACAGACAGUCAGUCCAGCUCUGAUGGAAGUAAGUCUGAACAUCUGUCCUUUAAACCCUAAAUUACACAAUUUCUGCUUGAAUUAUUUUGUUUAUUUUAACCAUAAAAUCAACAGAAAAUGUCCUUUGAGUGUUUUAACACAUUUUUCCAGAACACUUUGAACUUUCAGUAUCUGUCUGUCAUUGACAGUUUACUGUCUGUUAAAAGAGUGUUUUAACAUUUUAAGAUAAAGAAAAACACAAAAACAAAAUAAGAUUUUUUGAGUUUUAAAAAACAGAAAAUCUUCAUGAACAGAUUUUUCAUUUGAACUCAGAAAUUUGAAGAGUAUCAAACAUAUUUACAACAAAAACUUUGGAGUGCUGUCUCUCAAAGAGCAAAAACAGGUUAAAUAAAUACAACUGUGUGUUUAUUAGUGUUGAGAAGUUUGGUUCAUUUUAUUGUUCUUCUCUUUCAGAAGAUGGCGGUCUGCAGGAGGUUUUAGAUGAACAUAAGAUCAGUCUGAAGAGGACAUGUGAACGUGUGAAUGAAGGAAGUGAUGAAACAGGAAGUAGUCAAACCCUCCUCAACAGGAUCUUCACUGAGCUCUACAUCACAGAGGGACUGAGUGAAGAGGUGAACACCCAACAUGAGGUGAGACAGCUGGAGACAGCUUCAAAGAUGAAGACCCUCCAUGACGAACCCAUCAGGUGUCAUGAGAUCUUUAAAACCUUACCUGACCAACAGGAGAAGGUCAUCAGAGUGGUUCUGACCAACGGCGUGGCUGGUGUUGGAAAAACCUUCUCAGUGCAGAAGUUCACUCUGGACUGGGCAGAGGGUUUGGAGAACCAAGACCUCCAUCUGGUGGUCCUGCUUUCAUUCAGGGAGCUGAACCUGAUCAGAGAUGAGCGCUUCAGUCUUCUGAGUCUGCUCCAUGUUUUCCAUCCAACACUAGAGAAGGUCACAGCAGAGACGCUGGCUGUCUGUAAACUUCUGUUCAUCUUUGACGGUCUGGAUGAAAGCAGACUGUCUCUGGAUUUCACAGACUCUGAGGUCCUGUCUGACGUCACACAGAAGUCUUCACUCAACGUUCUGUUAACAAACCUCAUCAAGGGGAACCUGCUCCCCUCAGCUCUCAUCUGGAUAACUUCUCGACCUGCAGCAGCCAAUCAGAUCCCUCCUUCACGUGUGGACAGGGUAACAGAAGUACGAGGCUUCACUGACGCCCAGAAGGACGAGUACUUCAGGAAGAGGUUCACAGAUGAAGAUCUGUCCAGAAGAAUCAUCUCACACAUCAAGUCCUCCAGGAGCCUCCACAUCAUGUGUCAGAUCCCGGUCUUCUGCUGGAUCACUGCGACAGUUCUGGAGGACAUGAUGAGGAGAGAGCCGAGAGGAGAUCUGCCCAAGACCCUGACUGACAUGUACUCACACUUCCUGCUGGUCCAGACUCAGAGGAAGAAGCAGAAGUAUGAAGGAGGACAUGAGACAAGUCCUCAGGAGCUGACGGAGGCUGACAGUGAAGUCCUCCUGAAGCUGGGGAGGCUGGCCUUUGAACAUCUGGAGAAAGGAGACAUCAUGUUCUACCAAGAAGACCUGGAGCGGUGUGGUCUGGAUGUCUCAGAGGCCUCGGUGUACUCAGGAGUUUGUACAGAGAUCUUCAGAAGAGAGAGUGUGAUCUUCCAGAAAACUGUUUACUGUUUCAUUCAUCUGAGCGUUCAGGAGUUUCUGUCUGCAGUCUACAUGAUCCACAGUUUCACAAAGAAGAGGAACACAGAAGCUCUGGAGACUUUCCUAAGAGGCAACGAAGACGAAGAUGAAGAUGAAGAUGAAGAUGAAGAUGAAGACGAAGACAAAAUGUUUCCUUAUUCUUUUAAAAACCUGGAUGUCUGUUUCUCAUCUCUGGAUAACUUCCUGAAGAGUGUCAUGGAGAAAUCUCUUCUCAGUAAAAACGGUCACCUGGACCUGUUUGUUCGCUUCCUUCAUGGACUCUCUCUGGAGUCAAACCAGAGACUCUUAGGAGGUCUGCUGGGUCACACAGACAACAGUCAAAUAAUGAUCCAAAGAGUCUUAAGAGGUCUGCUGGGUCACACAGACAACAGUCGAAAAAUGAUCCAAAGAGUCAUCAAGAACCUGAAGGAGAUGAACAGUAGAGAUAUCUCUCCUGACAGAAGCAUCAACAUCUUCCACUGUCUGAUGGAGAUGAACGAUCUGUCAGUUCAUCAGGAGAUCCAAGAGUUCCUGAAGUCAGAGAACAGAUCAGAGAAGAAACUCUCAGAGAUCCACUGCUCUGCUCUGGCCUACAUGCUGCAGAUGUCAGAGGAGGUUCUGGAGGAGUUGAACUUACAUAACUAUAACACAUCAGACCAGGGACGACUGAGACUGAUCCCAGCUGUGAGGAACUGCAGAAAGGCCGUGUAAGUCCAGGUUUUAUUCUCAGAAUAGUGUAAAUGAUCCCUGUAGUUCUUCUAAUGUCCACGUUACUGAUGAUGUUCUUCUUCAAAUAGAAAUCCACUCAAAUAUCAGGGAGGGGGUUUCUUUAGCAAAAACCUGAUCCUGGUGUCUAAAGUCCUGUUAGCCCAGGAUGAGGUCUACCUGUGGACCCCUGAGAACUUGUCCUGAUUGUGGAGGACCUCUUUGUUUUGAAUCGUGUCUGUAAUGAAUAAAGUGGAACUUUGAGGACAAAUCAGCGACCAUAUCUGAGGACACACAGAGGUCUUCUGAUGAUGGUAUCAGUCCAGAUCAACAUCUCAGUCAGUUGUGGUGAACUUGAGUUUGAAGAAGGUGUCUGCAGCUUCUUCCUGCUGGUUUUCAGGUUGGAAAUGAUGAAUCUGUUGUAAAUGAGGGUGUUGACAGCAUUGAUGGUGAAAAUAGAACUGGAUCAUUUUCUACACAGUGGCAGAACUGUCUCUGUACCAUCAUGUUCAUCAUUCAAUAUUCAUCAUCAAUACAACCAUGAAAACUAACAUCAUUUUCCACCACUCACUGGAGAUGAUCUGCUGGACUAGAACAUAUGAAUGAUGAGAACACAGGAGGUAUUUGGACAGCAGCUCCAUGAGUCUGAAAACAGUGGUGGAGAUAGGAGGUUAAUGUCUCUCUCUCUCUCUCUCUCUCUCUCUCUCUCUCUCUCUCUCUCUCUCUCUCUUCCCAAAGACAGAGGUUCAGUGGGUCUUUGUUUCUGUCUCUUAAAGGUCUCUCUGGAUCCAUCAGGUUUUAUAAACGUGUUUCUGCUGCUGAAGCGAAUGUUACAUGAAGAAAAAACUUUGAUUGUGAAAACAAAGAAAUCUUCAAAUGUUCAGAGUCAAACCAGCUCUAACCUGCUAAAAAACGAUUUUAUCUGAACCAAUCAGAGAAAAAGGAGCUGCUGUGAUUUAGUGAGUCGUCCUCUGAUUGGUCAACAGUCAGUGUCUAUGGAAAGACUUACAUUACAGCAGGAUGUCAACAUUAAACACUGAGAGGAGCACUGAUCCUCCAAGAGGUACUUUGGAUACUAACCAAUCACAUACCAGGACCAAAAACCUGGUUCUCAGUCCCCUUCUCCAACCAGAACUCAAGAAUUCACUCAGUCAUAAUGAUCCAGCUGCACUAACAUGAAGACAACACUGUUAGAGAACAGAAGGACUAAAAUAAGUCAUGGAGUCAUUUGUCUUGAACAUCUGAACAGUUUUUUUUUCUUCUAAACUUUGACUUCCUGUCUUCUCUCAUGGCUGUGGUCCUGAUAUUAGUAUCUGUCUGGUUAAAAACAGGCCGUCUGUCAAACCAAAGAUCAUGUUUGUUUUUGGUGAAGAGAAACAUCAAAUUACCCUUUAAUGAAAUAUUGUUGAUAUUUAUGUUGUUACAGAUUUAUUAA